GCCGUUUCGAAAACACGUGAGAAUUUAUAUUAAGUUGAAAAUUAAAUGGGUAUUUAUUGCAUCGCAAUCGAAAUAAAGAAGGAUUGACAGUCUAGGGGUGUCUUUCCCUCAUAUACCUUGGACUAAUAGGUUAUAACAUCGGAGCAAUUCAGAUAUGAUGGGGCCUUCUGUCCUUCACGCCCUAGAUGCAGACGAAAAAGCACUUACCUUCAUCCUUGGAAAUAGUAGAUUCAUCAGGAGAGGCAGCCUCGUUUCCGGCGGCCCCCGCACCAUCAUACAGAAUGGAAGUAGUCCUGCUCUCCCUGAGCCUGGUGAAAUAGUCAGCCGCGUAAGACACCACGUCGCCCGGUUGCUCCAGUAAGUAGCUGAUCGUGAACUCGAGAAGGACCUCACGAAGCUCGUCUGGCACUUGGAUUCUCGGUCCGCACUGUCCGCGGCUCAUAUUUCGCUCUCUGAUCAGCGGGGCCCUCUUACACCGAC